AAAUUUGCGCAAAACAAAACUCCAAAGUCCAAACUACUACCACCACCUUCCGCCAUUCCACAACUUUUCACGUUAAGCUGUCCUUUUCACUCUCUUUCUCUUUCAUCUCUCCUUCCUCCUUUACUCUUCUUCUUCUAUCCGCGUUUCUCUCUCCUCUUUCUUUACAAGUAAACCCUAAUUUCACUCCUUCAAAGUUCAAUCAAUAAUUUAUUCAUAUUCAAAUUCUCUCUCAAUCACUUGUGCAAGUCUACUAGUUUCAGAGUUUACUUCAACCAUUUGAAUUUUUCUAUAUAUAUUUUUUUUUGAUUGAUGUGACCAAAUUUUUGCUUAAUUUAAUGGCUGAAAACAACAUCAAUGGUGAAGAAAAAUUGAUUGCAGUCGCAAGACAAAUUGCGAAAUCGCUUGGUCAUUCAAAUUCUAUGACCGACGAUAUUAUCAACAUUUUCUCUACAUUUGACGGUCGAUUUUCUCGAGAUAAGUUAUCACCUUCUUCCGAAACUAUCACUAUGUUGCCGGAAUCUAGAAUCGCUGAUAAACCUUCAUCGGCGGUUGUUACAUUGGAAGAUUGUUUAUCUUCACUUGAUCAUCAGAUCUCUCAGUAUCUCUCCUUUGAUCGUCCGCUUUGGUUUGACUCCGCUGAUUCCUCCGCAUUCCUUGAAAUUCUUGACGAAUUGAUCGCUACUAUUCGCGAUUUUGCUCCUUUAGCUCGCGAGAAUAAGCAGCUCGCAGUUGUGUUAGAUCGAGCUGAAGAUUUGCUUCAGUCGGCGAUUUUUAAGCUUGAGGAGGAAUUUCGUGGUUUGAUUCAACGAGGUGCUGACUCGUUCGACGCAACUCGUGACUCGUCCGAUUCUGACUCGGAGGGGAAUUACGACGAUGAUGGAGGUGCGAUUCCUGUGGCUUAUCCUGUUACUGAUUUUAACAUUGUUAUCGACGCUUUACCGUCGUCGACGAUUAACGAUCUUCAUGAAAUUGCGAAAAGAAUGGUGGCUGUUGAGUAUGGAAGAGAGUGUUCUCAUGUGUAUAGUGCGUGUAGGAGAGAGUUUCUUGAGGAGAGUUUGUCGAGGUUAGGGUUGCAGAAAUUGAGCACUGAUGAUGUCCAGAAGCUUUCAUGGCCGGAGCUUGAGGAUGAGAUUGAGCGAUGGUGUAAAUCGGCGGUUUUCUCUUUACGAAUUCUGUUUCCUUCUGAGAGACGACUAUGUGAUCGUAUUUUCUUUGGAUUUCCACCGACUUCGGAUUUCGCUUUCAUGGAGGUUUGCCGUGGUUCGGCGAUUCAGCUGUUGAAUUUCGCUGAUGCGGUUGCGAAAUCGAGUCGUUCGCCUGAGAGAUUGUUUAAGGUGCUUGAUAUUUAUGAGACAUUGAGGGAUUUGAUUCCGGAAUUUGAGAUUUUGUUCUCUGAUCAAUAUUGUGUUUUUCUGAGAAAUGAGGCCCUAGCGAUUUGGAAGAGGGUUGGGGAUGCUAUCAAAGGGAUUUUUAUGGAGUUGGAGAAUUUGAUUCGUUGUGAUCCUGUGAAAGAUCCAGUUCCUGGUGGCAGACUUCAUCCGAUAACGCGAUAUGUGAUGAAUUACCUUAGAGCUGCGUGUAAAUCGCAGCAGACGCUGGAACAGGUGUUUGAGGAGGAGAGAGAACGAGGGAUGUCGGGGAUAAGCUCGUUGUCGGUGCAAAUGGCGUGGAUUAUGGAGUUGUUAGAGAGUAAUCUGGAGGCAAAAUCGAAGCUGUAUAAAGAUCUUGCUCUGAGCUCGGUGUUUAUGAUGAACAACGGGAGGUACAUUGUUCAGAAGGUGAAAGAUAGUGAGCUAGGGCUGUUGUUAGGGGAAGAUUGGAUCAGGAAACACAAUGUCAAAGUCAGGCAAUAUAAUAUGAAUUAUCAGAGGAGUACAUGGACUAAGGUUAUUGGGGUUUUGAAGCCGGAGAAUGGUGGUGGGAGUAAUGUGAAUGGGGGUCCGAAUUCGAGGACUUUGAAGGAGAGGUUCAGGAUGUUCAAUACUUACUUUGAAGAGGUGUUGAAGGUGCAAUCUUCGUGGAUUGUGUUUGACGAUGAGUUGAGGGAGCAAUUGAAAAUUUCUGUUACUCAAAAUCUAUUGCCAGCAUACAGGAACUUCAUUGGAAGGUUCCAGAAUUCUCCAGAAGCUGGAAGGAACCCUGAGAAGCAUAUCAAGUAUAGUGUUGAGGAUGUUGAGGCUCAGAUUAACAAUGAGCUGUUCCGGGGUAAUAAUAACGGCGGAAGGAGAUGAAAGUCCCCUUGCCUUGGUGAAGGGAUGAGCAAAAAAUACUCUUGGUUACUAGUUUGUAUCAUUGUAUGUUGUAGAUCAUUGUAACAAAGUUUGUAUUGGUUUAGAACAAUGUAUCUGUGUAUGGAAUAUGGAUCGAAAUGGUAGGUUUUUCCAAAAUUUUGAUGAUCUCUUGGUAGUACUCUCACUGCGGAGUGUAAAAUUUUGCAAGUGUGCUGUUAGUAUUCCCACUGGGGUGUAUAAAUGUGUAAUUUUGGCUUUAGUACUACCUUACCUUGUGUGAAACCAAAUUUUUUUCA